AUGGAAUACACGAUUGAGCAGAUAAAGCCCGACGAGGCUGGUGUGGAAUUCUUUCUGAACAAGUACAAGCCGUUUCGACUACAGGCACUACAGACAGAUCCGCAGUUCUUUGGAUCCACGUACGAGAAAGAAGUAGCCAAAGACGAUGAUUUCUGGCGACAGCGCGUUUCACGACCCAUAGCCACGACCUUUGUCGCCGUCCUCACCCACGAGCGGCGGGUUGUUUCCUCUCUGACCCUUAUCCGCGGCGGCCAGCCCUCGUCGCUGCUGGCCAUGGCCGCCGGGCUGGUCCCCGAGGAGCGCGACAAGGACUCGGCGACGCUGCUGCACUGGGCCGUCAACGGCGUGUACACGGCGCCGGACGCGCGGCGCCAGGGCAUCGCCAAGGCCGUGUUUGAGAAGGCGCUCGCCUUUUCGUUUGCGGCGGCCGAAAUGGAGGGCAAAUCGUGCCUGGUGUCGAUAUACGCGCGCGAAGAGAACGAGGUCGCGAUCGGCAUGUACCAGCGCAUGGGGUUUGUCGACUUGAGCUAUGUGGAGGCAGAUGGGAAUGCAGUGCUGUACAUGUUUAAAGCGAGGGAAGAGGCCACAAGCACUGACAGCACUGAAAGCAUAUAA